AUGACGAGCCGAUCGGCCCCCCGACGACGCCAGACCCUGCGAGAAUCGCACGCUGCUCCGCGAAAUGGCGCCACCAUGACACCCAAGGUAAUCAACGCGGGGCCUUCCCUCGAGAAGGCCGAGCUGUACGGCAUACACGACCAGCGCCCGACCCAUUCCAAGCUCAUGGGCCUCGCCGGCCGCAUCUUCAUCGAGACCAUCCCGCAGUGGCUGGCCGUGGGAGUCAUGCUGGGUCUCAUCUUCGGCGGCUGCUGCUCCAAUGUCUUCGCUCUCGAGGCCAUCAUCAAGGUUGAACCCGCAAGCGGGACGCUUCUGACUUUUGUACAAUUCCUGUUCGUGGCGGUGACGGGAUACGUCUCCCAGUUCGACUCGUCGCGGCCGCCCUUCUUCCUGAAGCCGAACCGAGUGCCGAUCCGUCGGUGGAUUAUCAACAUUGUGCUCUUCUUCAGCAUCAACGUGCUGAAUAACCACGCCUUUAGCUACGACAUUUCCGUCCCGGUGCACAUCAUCCUGCGGUCGGGCGGCAGCAUCACCACCAUGGUCGCCGGCGGCUUGUAUGGCAAGAGGUACUCGCGCAUCCAGGUGGUGGCGGUCCUUCUACUCACGGUUGGCGUCAUCACGGCGGCCUGGUCGGAUGCGCAGUCCAAGGCAAGAGCCCCCUUCCUUUUACCUCUGCCAUGCCACUUCGGGACUAACAAGGCGCAGGAUGCGUCGGCGGACGAGUCCCACGAGGGCACGCCCAGCUUCAGUACCGGUCUCGCAGUGCUGUUCGUAGCACAGAUCAUGUCGGCAGUGAUGGGCCUGUACACGGAGGAGACAUACAAGCAAUACGGGCCGCACUGGAAGGAGAACCUGUUCUAUUCCCACCUGCUCUCGUUGCCCCUCUUCCUCCCCUUCACACAGUCGCUGGUGGGGCAGUUCAUGCGGCUCGCCAACAGCCCACCGCUUACACUGCCACUGCCCCGCGAGCAGGUGAACCUCUCGGCGAUACCGGAGGCGCUGCGGCACAAGGUGGAAGGGUUCUACAUUCCCAGCCAGGUGGCCUACUUGGCGCUCAACGUCCUGACACAGUAUGCGUGCAUUCGGGGGGUCAACCUCCUCGCGGCAGCUUCGUCGGCGCUGACGGUGACGAUCGUGUUGAACAUCCGCAAGCUCGUCAGCCUGCUGCUUAGUAUCUGGCUGUUUGGGAACCGGUUGGCCACGGGCACCCUGAUAGGGGCGGUGGUGGUGUUUUCGGCAGGGGGUCUGUACUCUCUGGAUUCCAAGAAGCCGGCGACUGCGCACAAGGCGGUCAGCGGGAAGGCUGGGUAG